UGUCUCGGGCUUCGAGGAAAUUCAUUUGCGUAAACAGUAGCUACCUUCGUUCUCUCCUCCUCCUUCCACAACCACAGGUUUGCCUUUCCUUCUUAAAGAAGGUCAAUUUCAUGGAUGAUGGUCCUGGAAAAAUAAAGGUCAUCCCUGAUCAUUUUCAAGUUCCAACAUCAGGUGUAGAAUCUCUUGAUAGUGGAACACCUUCAAUUGCAGAAUCUGGACCUGAUAAAUCUUUGAGGUCCUGGUACCAUCUGUGGACUCGAAGAACAUUAAGGGCUGCUUUCAUGUUGAAAUCGUUUACUCUUCCUGGGCUGCCAUGGGGCCUCAGUAAUGGUGGUCAGGAAAAGGUUGAGCUAACAGCUGCUGAAGUAGAGUCACUUCGAUCAGAACUUGCUGAUAUAGAAGAGAGGGAAGCUCACUUGAAAGCUCAGUUGGAGAAUGUUGAUGAAAUUUUGCGGUCAGCUCGUCUCUGUGGCUAUUUAUACAUUCGAACUAGAUGGACAGCACUUCCAGGCGAACCUCCACCUAUGGAUGAUACUGAUAUAGACGAUUGGCUUCCUCGCUUUGUUGUUCUUCACGGUUCAUGUCUAUUCUUAUAUUUGCUGUGUACAGAUCUAAGUCCUCUGGACUCAACGCUUCUAUCUGAUAUUGUUGAAGUAGACAAAUUACCAAGUUUUAAGCGUGAAGAUGAUGAGAUGCGAUAUGCCUUUUAUAUUUUAACACGACAUGGAUUACGAUAUGAAUGCUCAAGCAGUUCUGAGAUGCAGGUGGACUCAUGGAUAUCAGCUUUACAAUCUGACUGCAAAUUGGAAUCUGAUAGCAGGUCUGCUUCUAGAGCCGUGAGGUCCCUUCUCUCUGCUUCUAAGGGCUCUCGUUUUUACUGUGAAGGGCGUGCGGUAGGUGCUGCAGUUUCAUUCACGAGUAAAGUGCCUUUUUUGGCUUCAAGUUAUGCAAGGGCCGGUUCAGGAAGUGGACCCGGAUCAUGGAUUUCAGGAGCUCUCGCUCUUCCCGCUGCAGCUUACAUGCUCCAAGAUCAGGAGGUGCAUGCUGCUGAGCUGGAGCGUACUUUCAUUGCCAUUAAGCCUGAUGGAGUGCAGAGAGGGCUGGUUGCAGAGAUUAUAUCUCGUUUUGAGCGGAAAGGGUACAAGCUUGUGGGAAUUAAAGUAUUAGUUCCUUCGAAGGAAAUUGCCCAGAACCAUUACCAUGGCCUGAAGGAAAGACACUUCUUCAAUGAGUUGUGUGAAUUCCUAAGCUCUGGACCUGUUGUUGCAAUGGUCUGGGAAGGCCAGGGAGUUAUACCCUAUGGCCGAAAGCUAAAUGGAGCCUCAGAUCCGCAAAAAUCAGAACCCGGAACUAUUAGAGGUGACCUGGCUGUCAUUAUUGGAAGAAAUACCAUCCAUGGAAGUGAUGGUCCAGAGACUGCCAAGGACGAGAUUAAGUUGUGGUUUAAGCCAGAGGAGUUGGUUGAUUACACUGGCAAUGGGGAGAAGUGGAUUUAUGGUGUCUAACUGAUUCU